AUGGCCGACGGAAACAAGGUCGACGAGGUUGUGAAGAGCGACGUCGACGAGGUCGUGGUUGAGAAGAGCAGCGUCGCUGAGGUCGUGGCCGACAAGAGCAACACCGACGAGGCCACCGUCAACGAGAGCAAGACGGUCACGCUGGAGAGCUCCGACGGCGAGAUCUUCGAGGUCACGCACGAGGCGGCGGCCUUGUCGUCGACCAUACAGCACAUGAUCGAGGACGGCUGCGCCCAAAACUUGAUCCCGCUCACCAAUGUCAAGUCCAUCAUCCUCGCCAAGGUCAUCGAGUACUGCAACAAGCACGUCGUCGCCGCCGGCGCUGAGCAUGACCUUAAGAGCUUCGACGCCGACUUCAUCAAAGUGGACCGGGCCACCCUUUUCGAGAUCAUCCUCGCCGCCAACUACCUCGACAUCCAGGGGCUCCUGGAGCUCAGCUGCCAGACGGUCGCCAACAUGAUCAAGGACAUGACGGUUGAGCAGGUUCGCGACGUGUUCAACGUCGAGAACGACUUCACGCCCGAGGAGGAGGCCAAUGUCCGACAGGAGAACCAGUGGGCCUUCGAGUAGACGUCAUAGC